UAUAUCUGUCAUGAAAAAUGAAAAGAAAAAUGUUGAAUGUCUUGCAAAUUAUGGUUUGGCCAAGCAAAUUGAAUCGAACAGAGCGAAACUAAAAUCCAUUGUUUCUUCAAUUUUGUUUAGUGCACUACAUGAUUUACCAUUAAGAGGUCAUACCAAUGAGGAUGCUGUGUUCAAUAACCUUUUACAUUUUAGGAAAGAAGCUGGUGAUUCUGUUUUAGAAGACCAUCUGAAAAAUGCGCCGAAAAAUGCAAUGUACAUUUCCCAUAGGACACAAAAUGAGAUCAUUGAUUUAUGUGCAACGGUUUUAAGAGACGAGUUAGUUACAAAAAUCAAUGAUAAUGAAAUAUUUUCCAUUUUAGCAGACGAAACAAUGGACAUUACUGGUACAGAGCAACUCUCUCUGGGCGUGAGAUAUUUUGAUAAAAGUGAAAAUUGCAUCAGAGAAGACUUCCUUGAUUUCACCCCAUUAAAAAGUUUAGAUGCUGAACAUAUAGCAAAUGCUAUUACUUUAACAUUAACAAAUUGGGGCUUGAACUUGGAAAAUGCAGUUGGCCAAGGAUAUGAUGGUGGUAGUACAAUGGCUGGGGAAAUAACUGGAGUACAUAAAAGAAUAACUGAGAAAUACCCAAAAGCUCUAUAUUUUCAUUGCGCCAGUCAUCGGCUAAAUUUAAUAGUCAAUAAUUUAAAUGACAUACCACAAAUCAGGAAUACAACUGGCACAGUUAAAGAAGUUAUAACAUUUUUUCGGCAGAAUGGCCAAAGAAGGGCAAUAGUGGGAACUCUUCAAAAACUAUGUGAAACCAGAUGGACCGAAAAAUAUAAAGCAAUUCGAAAGUUUAGUGAGCAGUUUGUUAGCAUCGCUGAAGCACUUCAGACUCUAUCGACUGAAGGUAACCGUGACACAAGGCAGAAAGCUUUCCAGCUUCAUUGCGCAGUUACAAAUACAGCAUUUGUGAUAUGUCUACAUGUGAUUGCCAAAUACUCUGCCAAGUUAGAAAUCGUUACGCAAAUGUUACAAGGUGUCAGUGUAGAUAUUUUGAAGAUAUCAAAACACAUUCAGAAUGUUACUGAGCUAUUCAGUUCAGACCGACAAAAUGGAGAAAAAGAGUUUGAUAACAUUAUGGCAAAUGUUGAAAAAACAGCAAACAAGCUUGGAAUCGAGCUCACAUGUCCUCGUGUUGCUGCGAGACAGGUUCACAGACGAAAUCACUCUACCCAGACUAUCAACGAAUACUAUAGAAAGUCCAUUUUCUUGCCUUAUUUGGAUUCUUUGGUUCAAUCGUUGAAAGAUAGGUUUUCAGAUAGAAACAAACCAUCAUUUGAAAUUUUCAAUCUGCACCCUAAAAUCAUGAAAGAUCUUUCUAAGUAAGAUUUUGAAAAGUCUAUUAACAAUAUAAACAGCACGUAUUGUGAAUUAUUAGACAACUUUAAGGAGCAAUCAAUUCUGUGGUUCGACCUUUGGAAAAACACGGAGAUAGAUGCCAAAGCCUUGGAAAAACUGAACUUAAUAGAGGUUCUUGAGCAUGAGCAUGCCUGCUUUUUGCCGUCAGUAGCAAAAGCCAUCCAAAUAGCUCUUUGUCUGCCACCAACAACUUGCACCAUCGAGCGAUCAUUCAGCACUCUCAAACGUGUGAAGACCUGGAUAAGGAAUACGAUGUCGAACAAUCGUUUAAUUGGGCUAUGCCUGUUAUCUGUACACAGAAGAAAAAUAAAAGAAAAUAAAGAAAACUUCAUGCAGAAAGUAAUUGAUUUAUUUGCGAUGGACACCAGAAGAAUUCAAUUAUUAUUUAAGUAACAUUUUACUGACACUAACCGUGUUGCGUUUUAAACAGCAAAACAAUUUUUCUUGUA